CGACCACAUUUGGCACCCACUUCCACACACACACAAAAAAAACAAAGCAGAAAAACUGCUGCAAAUCAGAUUCGGUGGAUACAAAACAAGCAUAAACGGAUUAAACCGCGGUUAUUUUGUUCUUGCAGUUGGAGCACUUGAUUCGAUUAUUUCAGGGCGUAGUAUUUGGUGUGUUAUUUUUUUCGCUACUGGCUUACGCCGCGCUGCUAUUGGACCUGCGGCAAGUCCGUCACCCGAUGGAGGCGAGAAAAAGGGGAGCGCUCGUCCUCUCCGCUGCUAUUCGACGCGAGGCGCGUCGUGAUCGUCUGCGAAGCCGUGGGCGGACAGACGCCUACCCGUGUUUACUUCACCGUCACCGUCACCACCACCCCUCUCCUCUUCGGCGCUGAGAAUCCUAUUCCAGCUCGACACUAACGACCAUUUUCGUCGCUCUUUACUUAUCGGCCAACUCGUUUACGGUCGGGUCGAGCGAAAGGCUGACGGACGACGUCGAGAGUGCGUCCCGGAGAGGGUUAAACAAGGCGGGGUGUAGUUCUCGGCAGUGGGGUGGAUUCCCCCCUCCCCCGUUCCUUCGUUCCCGGCCCUCGGGGAAAUGCCGUGGUCGACGUCACGCGAGUAAAUGUAUCUCGGCUAUGACACGGGUGGGAAGUAGCUCGAACGGAGGCCGCGCUUCCCGGUGGCGGAGACGUUUCUCGGGGUGAUUGUCGGCCAGGUGGGGAGGGGGAAGGAGCCGGAGAGGCGGCUAGGUUCGGGCCAAGCUAGUUGGGCUAGCUGGCUAGUUCGAGGAAGUUGGUUGACCGGGACAAAGAGUUGAAAAUCGAGGUGGUGCCCUUUUAAAUCCGAGGGGGGUGAUUCGCCGACGUUCGGAUUCCGAAUAGGAGGACUGAGAUUCAGCAUCUUUUUUUUUUUUUUUUAAACUGGGUCCCCUUCCACCUGGUUCUACCCCGUAACUUUCACGGGUGUUCCCCACUCCCCUCCUCCAACCAUGGAUUUAAAGACGGCGGUGUUCAACGCGGCCAGAGACGGGAAGCUCCGCUUGCUCGAGAAGCUCCUGGAGAACAAAGACGUACGCGAGGUGACCAAGCUGAUGGGGGAGAAGACGAACGGCGCCACGCCGCUCCUCAUGGCCUCCCGCUACGGCCACCUGGACCUGGUGGAGUACCUGCUGGAGUGCUGCCGCGCGCCCGUCGAGGUCGGGGGCUCGGUCAACUUCGACGGGGAGACCAUCGAGGGCGCCCCGCCGUUGUGGGCGGCGUCGGCCGCCGGCCACCUGAAGGUCGUGCAGUCGCUGCUCGGCCACGGAGCCUCCGUGAACAGCACCACGCUGACUAACUCGACGCCCCUGCGGGCGGCUUGCUUCGACGGCCACCUGGACAUCGUCAGGUACCUGGUGGAGCACAAGGCCGACCUGGAGGUCGCUAACAGGCACGGCCACACGUGUCUCAUGAUCUCCUGCUACAAGGGACACAAGGAGAUCGCUCAGUACCUGCUGGAGAGAGGCGCCGACGUCAACAGAAAGAGUGUCAAAGGCAACACGGCACUUCACGACUGCGCCGAGUCGGGCAGUCUGGAGAUCAUGCGUAUGUUGCUGCAGUACAGGGCGUCCAUGGAGCAGGACGGCUACGGCAUGACGCCGCUGCUGUCCGCCAGCGUCACGGGCCACACCAACAUCGUGGACUACCUGACCGCGCACCACCAGACGAGCCACAAGGAACGCAUCGAUGCCCUGGAGCUACUGGGAGCCACGUUUGUAGACAAGAAGAGAGACCUACUGGGAGCCUUGAAAUACUGGAAGAAAGCCAUGGAGUUCAGAUACAUGGACGGCAACAACGUGGUCCAUAAACCCGAACCCAAGCAGCUGAUUAUGGCAUACGACUACGCCCGGGAGGUGACAAAUGCCGAGGAACUGGACGGGCUCAUAUCAGACCCCGAUGAGAUGCGCAUGCAGGCCCUGCUCAUCCGCGAGCGAAUCCUGGGCCCGCAGCACCCGGACACGUCGUACUACAUCCGGUACCGCGGCGCCGUCUACGCCGACUCGGGCAACUUCGAGCGCUGCAUCAACCUGUGGAAGUACGCCCUGGACAUGCAGCAGAGCAACCUGGACCCCCUGAGCCCCAUGACGGCAUCCAGCCUGCUGUCGUUCGCCGAGCUCUUCUCCUUCAUGCUGCAGGACCGCGCCAAGGGCCUGCUGGGUACGUCGGUGUCCUUCGAGGACCUGAUGGGCAUCCUGUCCAAAAGCGUGCUGGAGAUCGAGCGCGCCAUCCGCCAGAGGCGAUCACUCCCGCCGGACCCCGCCCAGCUCAGCAAGGCUCUGUCCAUCAUCCUGCACCUCAUCUGUCUGCUGGAGAAGGUGCCGUGCACUAUGGAGCAAGACCACUUGAAGAAGGAGACCAUCUACAGGUUCCUGAAGCUGCAGCCGCGCGGCAAGAACGGCUUCAGUCCGCUCCACCUGGCGGCCGACCGAAACACCACCUGCGUGGGCCGCUACCCGGUCUGCAAGUUCCCCUCGCUCACAGUCACCGCCAUCCUGCUCGAGUGCGGCGGCGACGUCAACAGCCGAGACGACGACGACAACAGCCCGCUGCACGUAGCCGCAUCCAACGGGCACGCCGACAUCAUGAACCUGCUGGUGUCGGGCGGCGCUCACUUCGACAGCACCAACGCCUUCCGGCAGACGGCCUGCGAGCUCCUGGACGAGAAGGAGCUGGCGCGCAACGUGGUCCAGCCCAUCAACCACACCACGCUGCAGUGCCUGGCCGCCCGCGUCAUCGUCAAGCACGGCCUCCGCUACCGGGGGGACAUCCCCGAAAAACUGGAGGCCUUCGUGCUGCUCCACAGAUAAUGACCGGAAGGGUCGGAUCCAGAGGAAGUGGCGGGUUGAACUCCAAACGAUUGGAACGGACAGGAUUGGAUUAACGACAUGGAUUUUUUUUUUUUUUUUUUUCGUUUGUUUGUUUAUUUUGCUCCGGAAAAAGAAACAUUUUGGCAUAUUCACACAAAUGCUAUUUAUUCUCACAGAAAGACACUUGAGAGAGUUUUCUCCAUGCAACAAAAAUGUUUUUUUUUUCCUUUUUUUUUAGCAUUUGCUGGGUUUUCAGGGCUUUCAUUUCUCUUCCUCGUCUCAUCAUGGCUGCCAACGACUUUUCUUUCUUUUUUUUUUACCCAGCUGGUGUGGAUUCUACAUAAGUCAUUAAUGAAAGAAAAAGCUUUACAUUUACGAGGCUGGCUUGGGGGUGGCGGGGGGUCCGCUAACACCAUAAGUGCUUUAUUCUAUUCCUUCUAUGCACAGGCUAGGCUGUUGGAAAGAGACUGUUUUUCAUUCACUCGUCUGUGCAAUAUCUCAUUUGUGUUCACCUCAUCGCUCCCGUUUUGCCCGAUCCCGAAAGGCCCGCCGUUGUUCCGAGAUGGCUCUCCGCUGAUGCCCCCCCCCCACCACACACCCACAUAACUCCCGACGUUAAUGCUUUGCAAAUGAUCACGUUUGCACAUUCUCGCUGUUUUAAAAAAAAAAAAAAGGCUUGUGGAGAGCACAGAGAAGAAAAAAAGGGCUUUUUUUUCAUAUCGCGGUGGAUACCUUGUUUCCCCCCCCCCCCCCAGUUUUUCUUCCAUCAAACAGUUUGAAAUGGGGGGUGGGGGGAGGAAAAAGUAUCCAGGGGCAACUUGGUCUGAAUCAGCACUUUACUCACAACGGAGAUUAAGAUUGGAUACGGCAUUCAUCCUGUUCACAUCUUAAUGAACCAAUUUGACAAUAAAACCAUGUUGCACUUGUCCUUUC